ACAAAUAAACUGAUAUCAAGUAAUAUAUUCGAGUCAAAUGACAGCAUUGGUAGUUUUGUAGAUUAAAAACAAUAGCAAUACCGGAAAUGGCUCGUGGUCAUUUCCUGUGGCGUCCGGACUCCUCGGCUGCAGUUGCUACCUGUUAAGAGAUAUCAUCAUGUCAGGUACCGGGGGAGGGAAGCGACCCUCGGGAGGGGAUAGCCCCCCGGGCCCACCGGAGAAGAAGAGCAAAAAAGAGGAGAAGACCACAACAACGCUGAUCGAGCCCAUCCGGAUCGGCGGCGUGUCAUCUACGGAGGAAAUGGACCUUAAAGUAAUUCAGUUCAAGAACAAGAAGCUGUGUGAGCGCCUGGAGCAGAGGCAGGCCAUGGAGGAUGAGCUGCGAGAGAAAAUCGAGAAGCUGGAGAAGAGACAGGCCACGGACGACACAACCCUCCUGAUCGUGAACCGGUACUGGUCUCAGUUGGAGGAAAAAGUCGGCGUCAUGCGCCAACGCAUCAAACCGGCCGCUCCCCCCCCCCCUGCCCCCUCAGCCCCUCCCCCUGCCUCCUCAGCCCCGCCCCCUGCCUCCUCAGCCCCGCCCCCGGCCCCCAUGGAGGACGGCGGGGCUCCGGCCCCCCCGGCCCCCACUGCACCCCCACCUCCCGACGGAGACGCCCAGGAGGAGCAGCAGAAGGAGCCGCCCCCACCCCCUGAUGGAGGGGCCGAGGCCCCGCCCCGGCCCACGGAGCCCCCCCACCCAGCCGCUCUCGACGGCGCGGCGGGGCCUGCGCUCAGCGAGCCGGCCAAGGUGCUGCUGGCCACGCUGGACCACAGCGGCGAGGAGGAGGUCGCCCUGCAGCUGCAGGACCGCAUGCAGUUCAGCAAGGAGGCGGUGGCCUGCCUGGUGUGCGUGUUCGACCGGCUGCACUCCCACAUCAACAGCCUGUGUAGACACGUGCAGGAAGCAGCGAGCGGAGACGAGCCCCGCUCAGACGUGUUGGGGAUGAACCGCGCCCUGCUGGAGGAGAACGGCCGCAGACAGGACCUGGCCUCCUUCCUGCAGGGUAGGCACCACAAGAUGUCCCUGGAGCACAACGAGCUGGUGGACAAGGUGAUGGGCUCGGAGACCAAGGUGUCUGAGAUGGAGACCACGGUGGAGGACCUGCAGUGGGACAUCGAGAAGCUCCGCAAGAGAGAGCAGAAGCUGAACAAGCUGCUGGCGGAGGGGAUGGACCAGCUGAACUCGGGGUACAACAGCACGGGCAGCUCAGGAGGCCUUCCAGGCGGCCAGAUCACCCUCAACAUCCAGAAGUUCGAGAGCCUGAAUGCAGAGCUGGAGCAGAACCAGGAGGUGGCCAACAGCCGCAUGGCGGAGCUGGAGAAGCUGCAGCUGGAGCUGCAGGAGGCGGUGAGAGAGAGCGAGAAGCUGAAGAUGGACCUGCGUAACAUCCCAGAGGAGGUGGUGAAGGAGACGUCAGAGUACAAGUGUCUCCAGUCCCAGUUCUCCCUGCUCUACAACGAGUCUCUGGGGGUGAAGACCCAGCUGGACGAGGCCAGGGCCCUGCUGCUGACCGCCAAGAACGCCCACCUCCGGCAGAUAGAGCACAUGGAGAGCGACGAGCUGUCCCUGCAGAAGAAGCUGAGGACGGAGGUGAUCCAGCUGGAGGACACACUAGCUCAGGUCAGGAAGGAGUACGAGAUGCUGCGCAUCGAGUUCGAGCAGAACCUGGCUGCCAAUGAGCAAGCAGGCCCUAUCAACAGGGAGAUGCGCCACCUGAUCAGCAGCCUGCAGAACCACAACCUGCAGCUGAAGGGCGACGUGCAGCGCUACAAGAGGAAGCUCAGGGAGACGCAGAUGGAGAUCAACAAGCUGCGUUGCCAGGGCGGAGACUCCGGCGUCCUGGUCCUGGACGAGCCUCCAGGGGACGCCCUGGACGUGAAGAAAGAGGAGGAGGAGGACCAGGAGGAGGAGGAGGAGAGGCGGAAGGAGCUGGAGAGACAGAGGGCCCGGGAGCGGGAGCGCGAGGUGGAGCGGGAGCGCGAGAGGGAGCGGGAGAGAGAGCGGCAGCGCAGCGAGGAGCUGAAGAGGAAGGACUCCGACACGCUGAAGAUGCUGAGAGCCGAGCUCAAGAAGGCGCAGGAGUCCCAGAAGGAGAUGAAGCUGCUGCUGGACAUGUACAAGUCGGCCCCCAAGGAGCAGAGGGACAAGGUCCAGCUCAUGGCCGCCGAGCGCAAGUCCAAGGCAGAGGUGGACGAGCUGAGGGUGCGCGUUCGGGAGCUGGAGGAGCGCGAGCGCAAGGAGAGCAAGAAGCUGGCUGACGAAGACGCUCUGAGGAAGAUCCGUGUGGCCGAGGAGACCAUCGACCACCUGCAGAAGAAGCUGGCCGCCACCAAGCAGGAGGAGGAGGCCCUGCUGAGCGAGAUGGACGUGACGGGGCAGGCCUUCGAGGACAUGCAGGAGCAGAACAGCCGCCUGCUGCAGCAGCUCCGCGAGAAGGACGACGCCAACUUCAAGCUGAUGAGUGAGCGCAUCAAGUCCAACCAGAUCUACAAGCUGCUGAAGGAGGAGAAGGAGGAGCUGGCGGACCAGGUCCUCACCUUCAAGACCCAGGUGGACGCCCAGCUGCUGGUGGUGCAGCGCCUGGAGGAGAAGGAGGGGGUGCUGCAGAGCGCCCUGGCAGCGCUGGAGAAGGAGCUGGCCGUCCGCACCCAGGCCCUGGAGCUCCACAAGAGGAAGGCGGUGGAGGCGGCCCAGCUGGCGGAGGACCUGAAGGUGCAGCUGGAGCACACGCAGGCCAAGCUGAAGGAGAUCCAGGUCUCGGUGGCGGAGAACCGCACGGCCCGCGAGAGGGAGAGCGGGAACCUGAAGAGGGCCCAGGAGGACCUCUCACGGCUGCGGCGGCGGCUGGAGAAGCAGAAGAAGGUGGAGGUCUACACCGACGCCGACGAGAUCCUGCAGGAGGAGAUCAACCAGUACAAGGCCAAGCUGCGCUGCCCGUGCUGCAACACGCGGGACAAGGAGACGGUGCUCACCAAGUGCUUCCACGUGUUCUGCUACGAGUGCCUGAAGACGCGCUACGACACGCGCCAGAGGAAGUGCCCCAAGUGCAACUGCGCCUUCGGGGCCAACGACUUCCACCGCAUCUACAUCACCUAGGACCCCCCCCCCCUUCAGCCUCCCCCCCCCCCCCCCCCCCCCCACCGGCCCCUCCCCUGCCAGGAGAGGAGAGAGGGACCAAUGUCCCGAGACUGUACAUUAAUUAGAGGGCGCUGAGGCCCUGCGCCCCCGGCUUAGGGCCCCCGGCUUAGGGCCCCCGGCUUAGGGCCCCCGGCUUCACUCUCUUGUGAAAAGACUCAUUUUAGCGGCUCGGUGUCCGUGGGCUGACGCCAUGACGCCAUGACUCCAUGACAGUGUGAGUGAUUUGUGUAGCUAAUAAACAUUCUUUGUGGUACCCUGA